AUGUUGUCAUCCAUUAUCAAGAGAAACAUCAACACUUGUCUCCGUACACAAGCCCUCACAUCCGCUUCAUUGAAGCCAUUAGCUCCAAAAUUGACCACAUUAUCAAUUGCUUCAAUUAGAAACUACUCUGCUGGCCACCACGAAGAAACCUUUGAAGAGUUUACUGCCAGAUACGAAUCUGAAUUUGAAAAUGCUUACGACUUGUUUGAAGUUCAAAGAGUCUUGAACAAUGUUUUCUCAUACGAUUUGGUGCCAGCACCAGUUGUCAUUGAAAAGGCAUUGCAAGCAUGCAGAAGAGUCAACGACUACCCAACAGCAGUAAGAACUUUCGAGGCUUUGAAGUACAAAGUUGAAACUCCAGAGCAAUACGCUGCUUACUUGGAAGAAUUAAAGGAUAUCCGUAAGGAAUUGGGUAUCGACUUGAAAGAGGAUCUUUACGGUAAUGAAGCUUAA